UGCUCCACACCAGUUGUUCACCACACGUCUUCCACUCGUCACAAACGCAGGCCAAGGACGAAGGCAAGGCACACGCGCGUCCACUCUGACACACACACGUCCAGGGACUUGAAGGGAGUGUUUGAUAUAGCAGCUCCGAAGGGGAGGCAAGGGAUCUUCUGUAACCUCGCGCACACAACACAAGAUGGAGCUUUUCGAGACCAACCCUUACUUCUUCCCAGACCAACGCUUUUAUGAAGGAGGGGAUAACUACUUCCCAACUCGCCUGCCGGGGGGGUACGACCAAGUUGCCUACCAGGACAGGAACUCCAUGAUGGGCCUGUGCGGGAGUCUGCCCGGAGGUGUCGGAUCGGCGCCACCCGAGGACAAACCCUCACCGUCCGGCCUGUCGCCGCACUCCGAGCCCCACUGCCCGGGACAGUGCCUGCCGUGGGCCUGCAAGCUGUGCAAACGCAAGACGGUGACCAUGGACCGCCGGAGAGCGGCCACGCUGAGGGAAAAGAGGCGCCUGAAGAAGGUCAACGAGGCUUUUGACGCCCUGAAGAGAAGCACUCUGAUGAACCCCAACCAGAGGCUGCCCAAGGUGGAGAUCUUGAGGAGCGCCAUUCAGUACAUUGAAAGGCUUCAGGCUUUGGUGUCCUCCUUCAACCAGCAGGACACGGACAUGGGGCAGCAGGGACUCCACUACCGGGCCGGACAGAACCAACCCAGAGUGUCCUCGUCAAGCGAGCCCAGUUCGGGCAGCACCUGCUGCAGUAGUCCAGAGUGGAGUAGCACACCGGAGCAGUGCACGCAAAGCUACAGCAGCGAGGAGCUCCUAAGUGCCGCCGACUCUCCGGAGCACGCCGACAUCCAGGCCCUGAGCUCCAUCGUGGACAGCAUGGCGGCAGCAGACGGAUCCCUGCCCUUUCCCGUGGACAUUCCCAAAUAAAACUUUCUCAAAGCGGACCGAGAGGAAACACGCCGUCCCUCAAGACAAAAAGCAGGCUGAUUUUUUCAUAUUUCAAUCACCAUUUACUCUGACAGUAACGAAUGAAUUCCACCUUCGGCCUUAUUUCCUUUAU